AUAGAAGAACAAGUUACAACUGUGUUGAAUGACUCCGUUUUGACAGAAAUUUCACAUUUGUAGCUAAUAAUAUGAUUUUUCUGACCAUUCAAAGAAAAGUUCAACUAAUUGAGAGUUCUAGAAAUUUGUUUUUUGAUAGAAUCUAAAUAAAUAUAAUAUCUGAAAAAAUUAAUUAUUUCUUAAAAUUAAGUAAUUCUUUUUUUCAAAAGCUAGAUGGGAAAAGAAAACGGCUAUAUCCAUUUGUUUACUAUUUGGCUUCUGAUUCUCAGAUCCGCCGAGGGAACUUUCCAAAGUGCUGUUCUGGCCAAACACAAUCUGCAUCGCGGAAAUGCAGGGUUGACCUUGUUGCAAUGGAACGCCGGUCUUGCAGCGAAGGCCCAAGAGCACACCGACAACCUAGCGCAGCCCGCAGAUAGCUGUGGCUUCGCUCAUUCGACAUCCGCCUUCCGAGAUCAGGGACAAGGUGAAAAUCUCUACAAGACCAGUGCGACAGGUAUAACGGAUGAUGAGCUGGGCACUACUGCUUCCACUGCGUGGUACAGUGAGAUAAGCAAAUACAAGUACCCCCUUCUCACUGACCCCGUCAGCAAGUGGGACUUCUGCGUCGACUGGACUAAAGUCGGACACUUCUCCCAGAUGAUGUGGGCACAAACCACUGAGAUUGGCUGUGGUUUUACUGCUUGUAACUUCAAUGGACACACCAUCGUCACUUGUCACUAUCUACCGGCUGGAAACAUGCAAGGCGCAUCGAUGUUCGCCGAGGAAAACUACAAUCAGCUGAUUGCCAGUGGAGAAGUGCUGGCUAGAUGCGGUGGCGGCACGACAACAACAGUGACAGUCGGACCAGCUGACACGACUACUAAUGAGCCUUCAACUUCUGCUUCAGUCGAGGAAACCACAAUAGAUCAAAGAAGUGGCAAAACAGGGUUGUUUGCGAUAAUGCAUAUGGCGAGUGGUAUGCUUUUGGUGGGCUCUGCAGCGAAAAGAAUUCUCAUGUGGAUCAAUAUAUGAUGUGAUAAAGACACGCGAAGGAAUUCCUUGUGAUUUAUAACCUUCAAAAAACUAUCAGCGCUUUUAGUCUUUAGUAUAAGCAUCUCUGUCAUGUAAGAACCAUUAAAAACCAAGUAAAAAAAGGCAUUAUUUCACUAUUUUCAGUUAUCAGCAGAAUUUUUUCUGCACCUAAAUAUUUAAUAACAUUACAAAGCUGAAGAUUUUGAG